CUUAAUGAAUGAAGUGGUUCACACAUCUCCAACCAUAGGAAGCAAUGUGGAAAAAUAGUUUGUCAAGAACACUCAUUUUCUCAUGUGGGAUAUUGGUGGGCAGGAGUCGCUGCGGUCAUCCUGGAACACGUACUACUCAAACACAGAGUUCAUCAUUCUCGUUGUCGACAGCAUUGAGGAACGACUAGCUAUUACAAAAGAAGAAUUAUACAGAAUGUUGGCUCAUGAGGAUUUACAGAAGGCUGCGGUCCUUAUCUUUGCGAAUAAACAGGAUAUGAAAGGGUGUAUGACAGCAGCUGAAAUCUCCAAAUACCUCACCCUUAGUUCAAUUAAGGACCAUCCGUGGCACAUUCAGUCCUGCUGUGCUUUGACAGGAGAAGGGUUGUGCCAAGGUCUAGAAUGGAUGACCUCCAGAAUUGGUGUGAGAUAACUUUUUUGCUCGGAAGAGACUGCUCUAUUUAUUCUGUGACAUGAACAUUUUUUCCUAGUACCUUUGGCUGCUAAGGCAGCAGCAUGUUUAAUUUAUAACAACACAAACCUCUAUGAGCAACACUUGAAUCAAGUGCAGCUGAACUGGAACAUGAGAGAUUUUUUCUUAACUUUUUUUUAAUGCACUAAUCUUCAGUUGGAUGAACACUAAUGUAUAACUAUGUUUUCAGCAACAGAAUUUUUCUGACUGCUUAUUCUAAUUAAUCAAUGACUGCCUUGUAAGAAAUGUUUGUCAUAUGUUUAAUGUUUUCUGAAGUAUUGUAAUAACUUUAAUGACCAAGUUCUUUCAUUUCUUUACUACUGCUACCCCACCAGAUUAUUCGUGGUUUGACAAAGCAGUAAUGGAAAUCAUUGGGUACUGCUUGCAAACUCAACCAGCACUAAAUAUUUGCUCCCUCUAUAAACCACUUAUCUUUUGGACACAGCUUACUAUAGAAAAAGAAAUCUGCCUAGAAAAUAUACAUAAGAAAGAUUAAACAUCGUAAGAACUGCCUUUAAAUGAGUUAACUUCCCCUACAUUACUGCAAAUCAUGGAAUAAUUUUAAGUUUCUAUUAGCAUGGAAAUUAAAUUGGCUAUUUAUCUAAAGAAAUUAAGUCCACACUUCUGCCUAUAACAUGGGAUUAUUUUUGGUGAAAAGCUAAUCAAGGUAAAACAUUUAUUUGAAACCCCUACUUUGAUAAAUAUUUUGGAUAAAUCCGGUAUUUUAAGAAUGUCACAUUAUUCAGUGCAUAAGUAAAUAUUGGAAGUUAUUAAAGCAUACCAGCACUAAUAUUAAAACCAGACACUUGGAGUAUAUUUUGCUAUCAAUUACAGAAAAACUUUAUUAGCGUAAAGUUCACCUAUCCACUUGCAAAGGACAUCCCAUCUGCUUUGGGCAAUAGCUAAAGCACAGUAUAAAGAGAUUAUUUUAUUUCUUAAAAUUUGAAAUGGUGUUUGUAAUAGUAUUACUACCACCAGCAGUAUGUUACUUUAAAAAACUGUAUGGCUUUCCUUAAGUCUGUUUGAGGCUGUAGUGUAAUAAGCUUGAAACAGUUGCCAUCUUUAUCGUUAUGCUUGGUGUUCUGAAGUUUUUUGCUGGAGUAUAGGAAACUGCUAUAUUUAAUUCUGGCUUUUAGAAUAAUACUAUGAGAUACAAAGUUAUUACUCUAACAACUUAAACAAUAGGAAAAAGUCAUAAUCUAUCAAAAGUUUCUUGGCUAGUAUUACAAAGUUUUCAAGGCAGUUAUCAACUAUGAACAAUAAUCUUUAGUGCACUCCUUAAGAAGGAGAACAGGUAUUUAAUUUUAAUCAUUUUUAUCUUAAAUGUAUGAUUUUGCUAUAAUGAAAGGGAUAAAUAUAUACUUAGGGGAUAAUACUUCAUCUUUGCAGUAUUUUUUUCCCAUUUGGGUCAAAAAUAGGAUUCAGUGUUCUUUAGAAUAUCAAAAUACCUAUUCAAAAGUGGUAUUUUAAUUCUAAUAUUUUUUAUUGUAAGUUGGUUUAAGUUCUGGUCUCUUUUCAGGUACAUUUGAUUUAUUCUACUUAGUCUAAUUAAUUUAGUUGGAUAUGGUAACAUUUUUCUGAUUUCUAUUUAGUGGUAGCACACCCUAGAAAUGAAAAAUGGCCAUAUGAGAGCUUUUCGGACUUUGAGAACUGGUUGUUUAUUAACCUUGUUUUGAACCUUUUUCUUAGUGAUUCUACCAAGUAGAGGAUAAAUUUUGUUUUUAAUAUAAUUCAUAAUCAAGAACCUGAGAGAAAACAGACAAAUCAAUAUGGAUGCCUUGUGGUGUGUAUGUCGCAGUGAGAAUAAGAUUAUGAAAAUACUAUUUACUCAAAGCACACUUAGCCAGAAUUUUUCUCUUGGUUAUAUAGUUUAGCUAUAAAUACUGAGAAUAGUUCUCCUAACUCUGUCCUUAGGAAAAACAUAUUAAUAUUCAUGUGUAUGUUUUUUCUUUGAAAUUUGUCUUAUAUCUAAUAAGAUUGGCUGGCUCAAUUUUCUCUUACCAAAUUAUAUGGUUAUUUUUUAUAUUACCACAUCAGCAUUAUAUUGAAAGUGAACAACUAGUAUAGAAUCAAGUAUGCUAUUUAAUUUUUAAAAUACAAUUUAUUUUAUUUUUUAAAUCCUUUUUUAAAAAGCACUUAGUUUUGGAUUAGAAAUAAUUUAUGUUAGCUGUGUAUUGACAGUGAAAUUGGCAUUCAACUAGAUUUUGUGCCAACGAUUGGGAAGUUCAAUUAAGAAAUUCAUGUAGGAUUUUUUGAAAGUAUUUUAUAGGUUCUCAGUAGAUAUUUCCUGUUACAGUAAUAUGAAAACUGAUUACCCUUUACUCCAAGAGAAUGGUUUGACCCAAGCAUGUAUUUAAUGCUAACACUUUGAUUCUCAUUCAUUAUAACUCAGCCACCUAUAAGAUAAUGUCUGAUGAAAAUGUAAAUUUGUGAUUAGUGCCUUUAUUCAUAUACUGGUAUGAGUUCUCAAUUUUGUACUAUGCCUGUUCUGCGGAAGUCAAAUUAACAACUAAUUAUCAGUGGUAUAAUUUGAGUUUUACCCUCCCCAUCAACCCUUCAGUUGCUUAGCAAAGUUUCUAGUUAGUGAAACUCAAGGGACCCACCCACAUUCAUUUAGGGAGAUUAUUCUACAUUUUGUUUUUAAUUUGAAUAUAAAGAAACUAAAAUUUAUUUUCUAAACAUGCUAGAACUAAAAUAUAAUUGCCAUGUGGGUAUAAGUUCAAAUUUGGCACUUUUCUUAAUUUUGAAAAUGUUGUGUUCAUAUUUAAACCCAUUUCUCUUAUUGAAGCCCGCUUGAGAACUCUUUUAGAAUUAACAGGUCCUUUUACACAAGGAUAUACUGCACAUUUUGUAUAGUAUAAUUUAAUUUCUUAAAAUCUAAAAUAAUAUAUAUCUGUAUUCUAUUGAAAAAUUGAUUUAAAUACAUAACUUUUGCUUUUAGGUCCUAUGUUAAUAUGCUUAAAGGUAUAAUAUUAUUCUAUUUUCAUUGGAAGAAAGACAAUAAAUUCAGGUUUUAUUGUUAAAAUAAUUUUACAUGUGUGCCACCUCUACACCCAUAGUCAUCUUAAUUAAGCAUAAGUUAAUUUUCAUUAUCUUUAACAUAAAGAGGAAAUAUAUAUUUUUUUUUCCUAUGGAAACAGUGAGUGAUAUAGGCAGCAGUGUAAAUAGUAUUCUCCGAAGUGUUAUAGGGAAUCACAAAGCUAAGAAAAAUUCAAGAAAAAUAAAAUAUUUUUAAAAAUGUUGGUUUAGUGUCUUAGGAUAAAUUCUAAAUGAAAUUGUUUCUGACUACCACUCAUGUAAUUCUUAGCUAUGUAAAACCACAUCAGUUGAAGAAACAAACUGUUAUGCCUUAUGCCUAUAGAUGGAUAUAUUCCAUGGACAUUUAUGUUUGAAGACCAGCAUCAUGAGUCUUAAUUUUUCAUCUAUGGGUUCAGAUCCAAAAUAUUUCACAUCCACUUCAAUUCUAAAGGACCCUCUCUAUUUUGUCCGAGUAAGGUCAUUUCAAGGUACAGCAUGAUAAAGAAAGGGAAAAAUGAAAAAAAAAAAAAAGAUACAGCAUGGUGACUUGUAUCUGGUAGAAUGUUUUUCUGGCUAUCUAAAGAAGUGGAUUUGAAACUUGACCAUUACUUGUGUAGUUGAUUUUAGACAAUUUCUGUUUGUGGCCUUUCUAUUGGUUUUCAUACUGAGGAGCUUAAUAAGCUAGGAUUCCACCAUGUCUUUUAGUUUUAAAAUCCUGUAUCUUCACAUGCUAUAUAUUAAAAUUGAAAAACAAAAAAACUCAUGUAAUAUGAAAUUAAAUUCAUUUUUAUCUAUUAUUCAAUUCCCACCUCUUUAUCAUUUCAUUUAGUAUGACUACAAUCAAAUGAGAAAACAAAAUAUCAACUAGUUAUUGCUGUUCAACUUAAAUUGAACUAAUAGCUAAUGACUGUGCAAAAGAAAAAAAUAAGCCAUACUAAGAGCAUGAUAGUAAGCUGCUGAUAAAACACCAGCAUCUGCUGGAAAUACUCUUUUCUAGAAAAUAUCUUGCUUAUUUCCCUGGUUUUUACUAAUUACAGGGGGUUAGUCUGUUCAGAGUUGAUUGACUCUAUGCCAUCUCAGACUGCAGUUCUGUCUGAUUUUCCAGUAUUGAAAGCAUAGUGCAGCCAGAACGUCAGUAUUUUAUAAACAUCUAUAUAAACUUCAGAGUGGCUUGUAUUCGAAGUUAGCAGGAUUUUUUUCUUUUUCCUCAGUAAUGCCUUAUCCUUACUCGUUUACCAUUACUGUGAAAACUGAAAUCCAAAAGACAGGUUCCCAAGAAGUAUUUUCUAGGAGUUCCAGGUGGCCAAAGCUAAAUAGAGAAGGCCAAUAAGAAAAGAUAUUUCAAGUACUUUUAUAUCUAAGGUAGAAAAAUUACUGUGGUCAGCAGGCCUAAAAUCAGUUUUAAAUGUAUAUAGUUUGGGAAAUGUUAGAGAGGGAUAGAGGCAUACCUAGAAUCAAAAUUCAAAACACUUGAUAGUAAAGAUAAACAUGGGUAGAAAAAUCUUCAAAAGUACGUUAAAAUAAUAGGAAAUGUGAAUGACAACAGUAAAUUUCCCUCUUUUAGGUCCUUAAAAUUAGGCACUAGAAAGUGUAGUCUUUUGCUGUAGAACUUAGGAUGUGACCAAAGGAUUGAAGACCAAUCAGGUUUUAAGAAUUUGAGAGUGUAGUCACAUAGAGGCAUAUUUUGCAUUUUUUAAAACAAAUAAAAUGUACCAUGUGUAUCUUUAGAAAACAAAGCUCUAGAAGAAAUGUUCUCUUGCACAAACUAGUACAAUUUUAAUUUAAAAAUUACCUCAUUUUUCAAUCCAUAAGGUGCUUUGCUCCAGUUUAUGGGAUGUUAUACCAUCCUAUAAAUACCCUUUCACCCAAACUCUAUUUGAAAUAUGCAAAAUUCACAGCUAAGGGAGAGUAUUCCUUGGAGAUUUUGUUUUGAUUUAUUCUCGUUGAUCACCAGCAGGGCUAGCCUGGUGCAGCAGAUCCGAAUAUUGUCUUCAUUAAAGCAAAUAGGCAAGUGCUCAGGCAAUAUUUAAUUAGUUUAGUUAAUGUCAAGUAAGGGAAAUGAAAACCCUGAAAUCUGACUAAUUAUAUUAUACUGUGAAUAUAUUUCCAUCCAUGUUGGCAAGAGGUCAAAUGACUCUCAGUUGAUCUUUGUUAUGAAUAAUUUAUUUACAUAUUUCCCUAUUCAUACAACAUUUUAAUCAUAUCUUCUAACAUUAUUCCUCAGGACAUUCAAGGACUCUACAAACUCUGUUUUGUUCUCUUGGAGUAAACUGUUCAGUGUAGCUAUAGAAUAUUUAACUUUGAUUUUUUUUUUAAAAAAAUUAGCCACUAUUUCAUUGAGAUUGUGAAAUAAAAUGGUUAUAUUUUUCCAACUAUGUAAUAGUUACAAAUUUUACCCUUUUCAUCUAUUGUGCAAACAUGGUUUAAAAAGAAAAAAUUAAAAGCAGCCUUGCUUUUGCAUUUAUUCUAAUCAGAAUAUAAUGAAUAUAAUCAUGUUGCCAUCUUAAAAUGAAUUGGUGCUUUGGAGCAUUAAAGAGGAAACAGCAGGCCCUGUAUAAUAUACUUCUUCAGAAUGUAAAACUACUUUAAAAUGUCUGUAUUUAUAUUUGUGUUCAUUUUUUAAGAUUUAAACACAAACUGUUGUUCUUCAAGCUUCAGGCUUUCUGCAAAAGCUGUAACAAUAUUUUAGCUAAUCAGGUGGGUCAAGUAGAAGAUGGUAUAUAGUAAGACCAAACUUAUGAGUGGGGUCUCUCUGUCAGUACCCUGGCUGAACACGGGGAAAACAUGUCUUUCACGCCACAGACUGUGCUUCUUAACCUCAACCAAGCAACUGAAAUGUCUGCUAUUGGUCAAUUAUAUAAGGUUUAUUUUUUUUAAGAAAACAAAUUACUUAAUGCAUUGACAUCACUUGAAAAUGGUUCAAAGCAUGUUAUUCUAAUGGUGGGUUGUUUAAAAGACAUGUUUUAAAUGUUUAAUAACUUCAUUCCUGUCAUAAAAUGCUUCUUUUAUAUGUUAAGUUUAGCUUGCUGCUACUCAUGAUUUUUUAUUUGAUUUUUUAUUUCUGCAAUUACGCUGUAAUGAGUUGCUUGCAUGUCUGCGUACCCAAGUAAAAGGAUGCUGUUUGCUCUGGAGUGUUCAUCUUUUAGACACGUUUUGGCUCAUUUGCAAUCAUGGUGCAAUACAGUGUAACAUUCAUUUGUUUUCAGUCAACAGUUUUAUUUUUGUCAUAAUAAAAAAUUACUUUUCCAA